AUGUCUCAGACGCAUGUAAAGAGGCCAUCUGCUCCUAGUAAAGCUCAAAACGCCAAGUCUGUUGACCAGCAUGUGCUAAAAUCAAAAACCAAGGGCAUCAAUAGAGCUGCUAUUGCUAGAGAGAGCGCAGAGCAACGGAUACUGGACAUAUUUAGUGAAGCAUUCAAGUCAUAUCUAAACGAUCCCGAGUUUGAUACGAAACUGAAAUCCAUAAAAGCACACUUCUUCAACCGUGAAUACCUCGAAAUAUUCACUGAUCCAACUUUGUUGAAUGUGUAUAGCGCAUCUUAUGCUCCUCAUAGAGCUUUAUUGUUUUACGACCUGUUCAAGAAGCAACCAGAACUGAUAACAUCCUUGUUGGAUAAUGGAGAGGUAUUCUGCCUAGGAGCUGGCACUGGAGCUGAACUUGUAGGAAUAAUCGCGGCUUUGCUCCCAUCGCUACCAACAUCACCACUAAUAGAGCCCACAACCAAUAAUACCCAACCAGCGUUGAUUCACAUUCAGGACAUGGCCGACUACUCGCAACCAAUAUCUGAGCUGAAGAAGGCAAUCAAACUUACAUGGCCGGUUGUCGAACCAUGCAUCGACAUCCAGUUUAGUGUAAAUGACGUGGCAGUAGCCAAUCCAGCUAUUGACGAGUAUAUCACGAAAUACGUGAGCCGAUCAAAUAUCAUAACCACUUUCUUCAUUUUGAACGAACUCCUUCAAGCAGACAAACCUGGAUUUGUGAGGCUCGUAGGUAGAAUAGUGAGAGCAAUGAGACCCUUGUCUAUUUGGGUCAUUAUAGAUAGCGCAGGUAGCUUCUCGUCGCAUGCAGUGGGAGGGACAACAGGAGAGAAACGAGAAUACAUGGCUUAUCAGUUCUUGGAUAUGCUAGACGGCCUCGAGAUUGUAGCAAAGGAAGAGUCAUGCUGGUAUAGAUUGCCAGCCGGUCUAAGCUAUCCUUUACCGUUACAAAAUUCUCGCUACUACUAUCGAGUCUUUCGGAGAAUUUGA